AUGAGCUCGGGAGAUACUAUCUCGACCAACUCGUCCGAAACGCCAACGGAACAUUCCGCGUCGACGGGGACCGAGCCCUCAACAGACGCCAUGCCUCCCAAUUCGCCGGGAAACGACGGCUCGCCGUCUAGGAAGCGGUCGGCUUCCACCUCAGAACCCAAUGGCUCGGCAAAAAUUGCGAAACGACGUGCGUCGAGGGCCUGUGUCAACUGCCGAAAUAGGAAAGUGCGGUGCAAUGUUGUGGAAUGCACCCCUUGCAACAACUGCAGAUGGAAUGAGGUCGAAUGCGUUGUGCAGGAAAGCCGUCGCCGAAAGAAAACUCUGUUUGAACAGACCUCGUCGGUAUCCCACGAUGCAACCACCCCGCAGCCUACCGAGGCACAUUUGAAAGCGAAGGGCUCGGCGAAUCCGGUCGCCAUCGCGUCGGCAGCGGCGGCGCCAGCACUCGUGCGCCGGCCCAGCGACAGCGACCUGUUCCAGACGUCGCCAGACACGUUUGAUAAUGACACAGAUGAACAAGAUCAAGUUUUGGUCAAUGACUAUGUCCCCAGAGGACAGACACAACCUGAAGAAGCAGUCGCCCUACCCACACCUCAACAGCCACGCCAAGACCCGACGUUGCACGGCGGCAGCGUCGAGGGUCAUGUUCCGCAUCUCCUAUACCAACGGCCUGGUCUAGGGCCCGAUCCAGUUCACCUACAGGCCAGUAACAACGGCUCGCGAUACCCGAGCAUAUACCCUAGCCCGCCCCAGCGCCCGAUGCCACAAGGCUCAAACUCAAACUUAGGCGCGGGCACCAACGCGCUCAAAACAGUGCAGCUCCGAAACUCGUUCGAAUUGCCCGCCUUCAUUCAGCCCAUGCCAGCCAGGAACGGGCCUGGAGAGGUAAGAUAUCUUCAGCAGAAGGGCGCGCUGACGUUGCCCAGCCUGGCGCUCCAGAACGCGCUGCUGCGCGGGUAUGUCCAGUACGUGCACCCGUACAUGCCGCUCAUCGAGCUGCACGAGCUCCUGAGCAUUGUCAAUGCGCGUGACGGGCGGUGCGGCCAGAUCAGCCUGUUCUUGUACCAGUCCGUGAUGUUCGCCGCAGUCGCCUUCGUCGAGUUGAAUUACUUGAAGGAGGCAGGCUUCACCGACAAGAAGGCAGCGCGGAAGGCGUUCUUCCUCAAGGCCAGGCUCCUGUAUGACUUCGAUUACGAAAGCGACCGCCUCACACAGGUACAAGGCCUGCUGCUGAUGACGUACUGGUACGAGACGCCGACGGACCAGAAGGACACGUGGCACUGGAUGGGGGUGGCCAUCUCGCUGGCGCAACUGAUCGGGCUGCACCGCGACCCGGCGCACAAGGGCAUGCCACAGCGCAAGAAGAGGCUGUGGAAGCGCAUCUGGUGGUCGUGCUUCAUGCGUGACCGGAUGAUCGCGCUGGGCAUGCGGCGCCCUCUGCGCAUCCAGGAUGAGGAGUUUGACGUGCCUAUGCUGGAUGAGUCUGACUUCGAGAUAGAGCCGCUGCCGGACGAGAUCAAAAUCGUCGGCCCCGAGUGUCCCCUCAUGCGCGACGUCGGCCUGCAGCGCGAGCUCGCACUCUUGUGCAUCGCUAAGGCCAAGCUCUGCAUCUGCAUCGGCCACAUGAUCAAGGCGUCGUACUCGGUGCUGAGCCGUGACAAGUCGCUGCCCGAGACCACCACCAACAACACCAUGCUGUUCCCCAUCAAGCAGCUCGAUAACGUCGAGAGCAUCAACCGCUGCGACCGCGAGCUCAAGACCUGGGUCCGGAGCCUGCCGGCCUGCUGCCAACACAGGCCCCUAUCGGCACACGACGUCGAGGGCGGCCGCGCUACCCUGGCCGUCCAGCGCAACCUGCUGCACCUGGUUUACCACAGCACGAUGUCCGCGCUGUACCGCCCGCGGUUCUGGGAGAUGUUGGCGCAGGGGCAGGAUAUAUCGCGGGUGCGCGUGUACGAAGCCGCCAUGCACAUCACAUGCAUGGUACAAGAGCUCAGCGAGUUGCACCUUGUGAAGCGCCUGCCCACGACGGGCGUGACGGUCCUUAUGCCGGCCAUAAUCAUCCACCUGCUGCUUAUGAAGAGCCCAGUGGAGCACAUGUGUAAUGCAGCCGUAAAGGGCUUUGGGGUGUGCAUACGCGCCAUGCAGAGGCUGCGCGAGAUGUACUCCUCGGCCGAUUACGCCACCAAGUUCUGUUUGGGCACGCUGGGAAAUGUGUACGUUUCGCUGUCGCAGCGUAUUGACAACGAAGAUUUCAAGUCGGCCGUCUUCGCGCAUUUUGCGGCCAUCGCCGAGGUGCCCGGUCGCGACAUGACGACGCCGCCUCCGGACAACAUCUCCUACCCGCAAGAGGUACCUUCUUUCUACCCCAAUCCCAGCCCCUCGUAUAACACCGGGGAUUUGCUGGUUGUCACCGACCCAACUACUAAUCCGGCGGCGGCCGUGCAGCAAUUUCUCUCGCCCACAGAGCAUAUGGCCAAGGCAGAAUCCGAAGCUCGCAUGGGAGCGGGUUUGGGCUGGGGCUUGGGGCACUGCGACUCGCCGCCCAACAGCGAUGGGUACGAUAUGAUGAGGCUGGACAGCGCGAGCACGUCGUCUUUAUCGGACGCGUCACACGACCACGACCACGACCAGCUGGCUAUGGAUGCCUGGCAGAUACCGGUACACUGGGACAACUCCAUAUGGAGCCAGUUUUUUUAUUUACAGGCGUGCGAGGGCGUUGGUGGCGGCAGUUAUGAUGGGGGUGCCGCUGGCCCAAUGACAAUGAAUGACGGCGGCGCUGACGCUGGCGGCAUGGGUUUGGGGAACGGACUAUUUGUUAGGAUGAGUGAAAUUGAAGGGUCGGCCGAUUUUUGGCCUGGAUGCUGA